GAGCUCAUGAAUAAGCUCCGCGUGACGGUACUUUAUGUCCGUACACAUGUGUACAACUUGUGUAGUGAUUAUUGUAAAGCUAGUUCGUGCUUAUUUUUCUCAUUCUAUCCUUGAGUACUUUAAUUUAUUGUUCCAUCAUAAGUUUACCAAUGAGAGUUAAACAAUUACUUUUUUACCAAUUAUUGACGAGUAAUAUUGUGAAUAAAUAUUUACACUAGAACAAACGACAAUUACCAUUCAACAUGGGUGCAAUGUUCAGAAGUGAGAAAAUGGGCCUAUGUCAGCUGUUUAUUCAGCCUGAGGCUGCUUAUCUUUCUGUAUCAGAAAUUGGAGAGACCGGAACUGUCCAAUUUCGCGACCUUAAUGGUGACGUAAAUUAUUUUCAACGUAAAUUUGUGAGCGAAGUGCGUCGCUGUGACGAGAUGGAACGAAAAUUGCGUUACAUCGAGGCUGAAGUAAAAAAGGACGGUGUACCCAUUCCGGAUGAUUUAGGUGAGCUGCCUCGAGCUCCAAAUCCCCGCGAAAUUAUUGAUCUUGAGGCUAGAAUUGAAAAAACGGAGAACGAUAUUCUAGAGCUCAGUCAGAAUGCGGUUAAUCUUAAGAGCAACUACUUGAAUUUUCUUGAACUGCGCCACGUUUUGGAGAAGACACAAUGUUUUUUUACAGAGAAUCAAGGUUCGCUUUGUUUUAUGUACCAACAGGAGGACAAUGACUCGAUGAGUCGUGCAUUGAUUAACGAGGAAAACCAAAUCCAGAGCGCGACGCAACGUGGACGACUUGAAUUUGUUGCUGGUAUGAUCAACCGAGAGCGUAUGCCUGCUUUUGAACGCAUGCUCUGGCGAAUCUCUCGAGGUAACGUUUUCCUGAGACAAACUAGUCUUGAAAAGCCUUUGGAAGACCCCAGUACGGGCAACGAGAUAUAUAAAACGGCUUUUGUUGCAUUUUUUCAAGGCGAACAGUUGAAAAGUCGGAUUACUAAAGUUUGUAAUGGUUUUCAUGCCUCCCUCUUUCCGUGCCCAAGUAAUCACACUGAACGUACAGAAAUGACCAAAGAUGUUGCCACUAGGCUCGAGGAUCUGAAUUUGGUUUUAAAUCAAACUCAUGAUCAUCGUCAGCGAGUAUUGCACAGUGUCGCUAAAGAUUUGCCCAUGUGGAUAAUCAUGGUCAAAAAAAUGAAAGCCAUUUAUCACACUUUAAAUCUCUUCAACAUGGACGUGUCGAAAAAAUGUUUAAUUGGAGAAUGUUGGGUACCAGUAUCCGAUCUUCAGACAGUGCAAAAUUGUCUAGCCGAGGGAUCGAGGCAAUGUGGAAACUCCAUCCCAUCAUUUUUGAAUUUAAUUCAAACGGAUGAAAACCCUCCUACGUACAAUAAAACAAAUAAAUUUACCCAAGGAUUUCAAACUUUGAUUGAUGCUUAUGGUAUUGCAUCGUAUCGUGAAGCCAAUCCCGCCCUCUACACUAUUGUAACUUUCCCAUUUUUGUUCAGCGUCAUGUUUGGAGAUGCUGGCCACGGAGUCAUAUUAUUUUUAUUCGGUCUCUAUAUGGUUACCCAAGAGGAAAAAUUAAUGAAAAGAAGGUCAGGCAACGAAAUUUGGAACAUAUUUUUCGGUGGUCGUUACAUCAUUUUAAUGAUGGGAUUAUUCUCGAUAUAUACCGGUAUAAUCUACAAUGACAUAUUCUCCAAAUCAAUGAACGUAUUUCAAUCUAAUUGGAACGUAAGCAACUAUAAAGUAAAUGAUGUUACGUCUCAAAAGUCUAUUCAACUGGAUCCAAAAACUACCUAUUGGGGAAAUCCUUAUCCCAUCGGUAUAGACCCCGUGUGGCUGUUGGCAGAAAACAGAAUCAUCUUUUUAAAUUCAUAUAAGAUGAAACUAUCCAUAAUAUUUGGCGUCGUUCAUAUGAUUUUUGGAGUCAGUGUCAGUGUCAUCAAUAUUAUACAUUUUAAGAGGUACGCGAGUCUGUUCCUCGAAUACUUGCCGCAACUACUAUUUUUGGUAUUGCUUUUUGCAUAUUUGGUGGCUCUUAUGUUCUUGAAAUGGUCUCUGUAUUCUGCACAAUACACAGGUGAUUUUUCUGAAAGUUGUGCGCCAUCGAUUCUUGUAACUUUCAUAAACAUGAUGCUCUUUGGUGACAAACCAACCCCAAACUGUCCCGACGAAAUAUUCGAAGGUCAGAAGACAAUGCAAAAAGUAUUUGUAUUUGUUGCUCUUGCUUGCAUUCCCGUGUUAUUGUUUGGGAAGCCAAUUUAUUUCAUUGUCAAUAAAAACGCCACGAAGCGCAAGGUUUAUACCAAUGGAACAACUUCUCAAGAUAUCGAAUUGCAACCAAAUCCAUCAAAUCCAAAUCAACCUGGCGCUGGACACUCUGAUAAUCACGAUGGUGAUGGAUCAUUUGGGGAGUUAAUGAUUCAUCAAGCAAUUCACACGAUUGAAUACGCAUUGUCUACAAUAUCCCAUACAGCUUCGUAUCUUCGUUUAUGGGCCUUAUCUUUGGCCCAUGCUCAAUUGUCAGAAGUCCUUUGGAAUAUGGUUUUAAGUGCUGGCUUAGGUGCUAAGGAGGGUGAAUACAAAAAAGCGAUUUACCUGUUUCUAGCAUUUGGAGCCUGGUCCUUCUUCACUCUUGCAAUAUUAGUAAUGAUGGAGGGUUUGUCUGCCUUUUUGCAUACUCUGCGCCUGCAUUGGGUCGAAUUCAUGAGCAAGUUUUACGCUGGCGAAGGUUACCCUUUCCAACCGUUUAGUUUCAAAACGAUUCUAGAUUCUGAAGAACCUAUAGAUACCGACUAG